AUGGGUCGUGUCAUCAGAGCUCAACGUAAGGGAGCUGGUUCCGUCUUCAAAUCCCACACUCACCACCGCAAAGGUCCGGCUAAGUUCCGGAGCCUCGAUUUCGGCGAGCGAAAUGGAUAUCUCAAAGGAGUCGUGACGGAGAUCAUCCACGAUCCUGGCCGUGGUGCACCGCUUGCUCGCGUCACUUUCCGUCAUCCUUUCCGUUACAAGAAACAGAAGGAGCUUUUCGUCGCCGCCGAAGGUAUGUACACCGGUCAGUUUUUGUACUGUGGUAAGAAAGCUACUCUCGUCGUCGGAAAUGUUCUUCCGCUUAGAUCUAUUCCCGAAGGAGCCGUCGUUUGCAACGUUGAGCAUCAUGUUGGUGAUCGUGGUGUUCUCGCUAGAGCUUCUGGUGAUUACGCCAUUGUUAUUGCUCACAACCCUGACAGUGACACUACUAGGAUCAAGUUGCCAUCGGGAUCGAAGAAGAUUGUCCCGAGUGGAUGCAGGGCAAUGAUUGGACAAGUUGCUGGUGGUGGAAGAACUGAGAAGCCGAUGCUGAAGGCGGGUAACGCGUACCACAAGUACCGUGUGAAGAGAAACUCAUGGCCUAAGGUUCGUGGUGUGGCUAUGAAUCCAGUGGAGCAUCCUCAUGGAGGAGGUAACCAUCAACACAUUGGUCACGCCAGUACUGUUCGUCGUGAUGCACCUCCUGGACAGAAGGUUGGUCUUAUUGCUGCAAGGAGGACUGGUCGUCUCAGGGGUCAAGCUGCUGCUUCUGCAGCCAAGGCUGACUAA